AUGGGACGUAUUACAGUGCUUAUAUCGGGUUCAGGUUCGAAUCUGCAGUCACUGAUUGAUGCACAGGCUCAAAAAGAACUAGGUGAAGGCCAAAUUACCUGCGUCAUAUCGUCAAGUAAAAAGGCCUACGGUUUACAGAGAGCUGAAAUGGCUAAUAUACCAACCAAAGUUUGCUCACUAUACCCAUUUGUGAAGGACGUACCUAAAAGUGAUGAAGUUGGUAGACAGAAGUGUAGGGUUCAAUUUGAAGAAGAAUUAGCUCGUCAAGUUCUCGAACAAAAACCUGAUUUGGUUGUAUGUGCGGGAUGGUUACUCAUUCUGGGUCCCCACUUCCUAUCUAAGUUGAGAGGUAUACCAAUUAUCAAUCUACAUCCUGCAUUGCCAGGAGCAUUUGAUGGUACCACACAUGCAAUUGAAAUGGCAUGGCAAAAAGCUCAAGAUACUGGUAACUCGCUAACCGCUGGAUGCAUGGUUCAUUACGUUAUUGAAGAAGUAGAUAGAGGCGAACCAUUGAUUAUCAAGGAAUUAGAAAUCCGUCCUGGCCAAGAGACAUUGGAACAGUAUGAGCAAAGGGUUCAUGAGGCAGAACAUGUUGCCAUUGUGGAAGCUACGGUCAAAGUAUUGAAGAAAAGGUAA